AUCGGCCCUUCCAAUCGGAGCUCUACGCCAAGCGCGCCUACCGCGAGCUGCGCCUCCUCAAACACAUGCAGCACGAGAACUUACCUGGUGAUGCCCUUCAUGGGGACAGACCUGGGCAAACUCAUGAAACAUGAAAAGCUGACCGAGGACCGCAUCCAGUUCCUGGUCUACCAGAUGCUCAAAGGGCUCAAGUACAUCCAUGCGGCUGGUGUCAUCCACAGGGACCUGAAGCCAGGCAACCUGGCAGUGAAUGAGGACUGUGAACUGAAGAUCCUGGACUUUGGCCUGGCCAGGCAGGCGGACAGUGAGAUGACGGGGUACGUGGUGACACGGUGGUACAGAGCACCGGAAGUCAUCCUGAAUUGGAUGCGCUACACUCAGACAGUGGAUAUCUGGUCCGUGGGCUGCAUUAUGGCCGAGAUGAUCACUGGGAAGACGCUGUUUAAGGGCAACGACCACCUGGACCAGCUCAAGGAGAUCAUGAAGGUCACGGGGACGCCCCCAGCCGAGUUUGUGCAGCGGCUGCAGAGCGCAGAUGCCAAGAACUACAUGAAAGGCCUUCCGGAAUUGGAGAAGAAGGAUUUUGCCUCAGUCCUGACCAACGCCAGCCCCCUGGCUGUGAGCCUGCUGGAGAAGAUGCUGGUGCUGGAUGCCGAGCAGCGGGUGACUGCGGCAGCAGCGCUGGCACACCCCUACUUUGAGGCCCUGCAUGACACGGAGGACGAGACAGCCGUACAGAAGUACGACGACUCCUUUGACGACAUGGACCGCACGCUGGACGAGUGGAAGCGUGUCACCUAUAAAGAGGUGCUCAGCUUCAGGCCUCCCCAGCAGCUGGAGUCCAGGGUCUCCAAGGAGACGGCCCUGUGAAGACCUCUGCCUGGGGGUCCAGGUGGGCAUGCCAGGGGACCCUGGCCAGGAGCUUCAAACUGUAACCUCCCACCGGGGUGGGACCCUGGUGACAGCCUUGGCUUCUGGUGGGCUUCUGCCCCAGGGUGUCUGCUUGGAGGGGUUUAGAGAAGACCCCUCACUCCAUAAAUCCUUCCUCCCUGAGCUGGCUCUGCCCUUGGCCAGCCACCUCAGUGCCCCUCGGAGGACUUCAGCGAGGGGACUUUCUGAAGGACCCCUCUUGGCCUGGGCCCCUCCUUCCCAGGGUGGGUUGAAGGUUGGGUGAGCCCUGCAGGCUUUGUCCUGAAUGCCCAAGGCCAGGCCCUUGUUGCCAAUAUAGAGGAACAGAGGGCAGGCCCAUGCAGGCUCUGACUCAGACAUCAGCUCUCCAGGGGUCUCCUGCCCCCAAGCCCACAAGUCUGGCAGGAAAUAAACUCUUUUGUAGUUCA